CCAUGCAGGUGAAGUUGUAGGUCAGGUGUGUGUGUCUAUAAAUCCACACCCCUUUGUAACGAGUGACACUCAAAAUACAUUUCUAACAAGAUCGCUGGGCCGCUCAGCUGCCUCUGAGUGACUCUCUAGAAGACAUGCUACACUCGGCUCUGGCCCUCUGCCUUUUGCUGAUCACAGUUUCUUCCAACCUUGCCAUUGCUAUCAAGAAGGAAAAGAGACCUCCUCAGACUCUCUCAAGAGGGUGGGGAGAUGACAUCACCUGGGUGCAAACUUAUGAAGAAGGUCUCUUUCAUGCUCACAAAAGUAACAAGCCGCUGAUGGUUAUUCACCACCUGGAGGACUGUCAGUAUUGUCAAGCACUAAAAAAGGAAUUUGCCAAAAACGAAGAAAUACAAGAAAUGGCCCAAAAUGACUUCAUCAUGCUGAAUCUCAUGCAUGAGACCACGGACAAGAACUUGUCCCCUGAUGGGCAGUACGUGCCAAGGAUCAUGUUUGUUGACCCUUCUUUGACUGUCAGGGCUGAUAUAACUGGAAGAUACUCUAACAGACUAUACACAUAUGAACCCCAGGACUUACCCAUGCACCAUGACCCAAACCCAGGAAUGGUGCUGUCUACCUCAGUGAGGGCAAUCAAGAUGAUCUCCCACAGACAUGCCUAUAGGCAAAGAGGAUCAAGAUAAUUCCUUACGUAGAUUCUUCUGAGGAAAUUCUAGGAUGUGUCUACUUGCAGGCAUUCUCUGGGAACCACCAGGUCCAGGUAAGAAGCAGCCAGAGAAGCAGGUAGGCUAACUUGGGACCUUCACCACUCCUUCAAAUCCAAAUCCCAGCAUCAUGCUCAGCCUGGUGGCAGACAACAUGAAGCAGAUCCCCUGUCCUCUCUGCCCC